AUGGUUGAGACAGAGACAUGCUUAAAGCUGAAAUGUUUGAGGUCUGCUAAUGGUGGUGAGUACAUUGAUGGUGGGUUCAAGGAGUACUGUGCAGCUCAGGGAAUCAUAAUAGAGAAGACCACUCUGGGGACACCACAACAAAAUGGUAUUGGUGGGAAGAUCAUAAGGAGCAGGAACGUGAUUUUCAAUGAAAAUGUUAUGUACAAGGACAAGUCUAGUAUAGUUUCUGAAACAACACUGAAGGAAUCUGAGUUUGUAAGAUUUGAUGAUUUACUAGAGAUCACAGUGCAUGACAGAGAUGCAUGUGAUGAUGAGAGUGAAUCCGGGGCAUCCACUCCUAUUGUUCCACAGUCAGUUUUAGAGCAGCCCCUACAGUUGCAGUUCGCAGAACUUCCAUCUGGGAAGAAUGCAUUACACAACAAGUGGUUGUACCGGGUGAAGCCUGAGCAUGAUGACAAUAAGAGGUACAAGGCUAGACUUGUUGUAAAAGGUUUUCAGCAGAAGCAAAAUAUUGAUUAUUCCAAGAUUUUCUCUCUUGUGGUGAAGCUUACAACCAUCAUAAUGUUACUGUCUAUGGUGGCUACUGAAGAUCGCUUCCUUGAGCAGUUAGAUGUGAAGACAACCUUUCUUCAUGGGGAUCUUGAAGAAGACAUCAACCUGAAGGGUUCGUGGUACAAUGUGUUACACACGGACGUGGGUGAGAAAAGCGAGAGUACGUGUACACCUGCAUGCUUCGCACCUAGCAAUUUUCUCGGAACUAGUCCUCUCCAACUUGGGAACAAGAUGUUUCAAUGCUCGACACUAUCCGCCGCCCGACUGCCCUAUAUCUUCGCACCCGGCGAACUUCCCGGAAACCAAAGAGCGACAAAGCCCGACAAACACAGAAGCCGAGACGCCAAUCAAAUCGAAACCCAAAGAGCUGUAAAAAUGAGCGGCAGCUUUCUUAGGAGCGGCGGCUUGAGAUCCGCUCGCGAGCUUCUACUUCGCACCCGCUUCCCCGUCUCUUCUGGCUUGGUGCGUGAAUCAGCACAGCGGCCCAGGGCUUACGUAAACUCAUUUCCGGCCGGGUCAAAGGUCGGCCGAAACUCCUCUUCCCACCUUUCACCUGCCGCGUACUCUGCUCUAUCAUCAGCCGCUUCCAGGAAUGGGUUCGUGUGCUGGUAUCUAGGGAUGAUCGAAGCACGCCCUAUUUUGACCAAGAGCAUAACCUCCGGAGUUAUAUUCAUCGCGGCCGAUAUCACGUCGCAGAUGGUCACUCUUUCAGCUUCAGCUUCUCUUGAUUGGAUACGAACUCUACGGAUGGCUAGCUAUGGGACGCUAGUUGCAGGCCCAGCAUUGCAUCUAUGGUUCAAUUUCGCUUCAAGAAUUAUCCCAGAACGAGAUGUAAUCAGUACACUGAAAAAAAUAUUUAUCGGGCAAACUUGCUUUGGCCCAAUUAUGACAUCUAUUUUUUUCUCUCUGAAUGCUGGUCUACAAGGCGAAUCUGCUUCUGAAAUUUUGGCCAGAUUGAGAAGAGACUUGAUUCCAACUUUACUGAAUGGCCUUCUCUACUGGCCCAUAUGCGACUUUGUUACUUUCAGAUUCGUCCCAGUUCGUUUACAGCCUUUGGUUAGCAAUUCCUUCUCAUUUGUGUGGACCAUUUACCUCACAUACAUGGCAAGUUUACAGAAGGUAUCAGCUCCCCAGAUUGCAGCCAAUUGAUUUCAGUGCUUAGCUGUAUUUUGUGCUCUAUAGUUUCUUAGGUUAUCAGCCCUCCAAUUUUUUUGCACACAUUUCAUUAUUAGAGAAUUAGAAAUUUCAUUUUUCUCUAGCCUUAGGCUUCUGUUAUGUAUUGAAUUAAAGCUUCCCUUUUUGCUAAGAAGUCUAUUUAACAC